AUGGUGCUUGUGUAUGUAGAUGAUCUAUUAUUGACCGGAAAUGAUCUUAGUAUGAUUGAAGAGUUGAAGGUUGUUUUGCAUCACAAUUUUAAAAUCAAUGAUUUGGGUGUCUUAAAGUAUUUCCUUGGUUUUGAAGUUCUUAGAUCGAAUGGUGGAAUUUUGUUAACACAGAGGAAGUAUGCACUAGAAGUUAUAGAGGACACUGGGCUUGGAGGUGCUAAACCUGCAGUUACACCCAUGGAACAACACAUUAAGUUCACUUCAGUGGAGUAUGAUGGUGGGCUGGAGCAGGGUGUUAAGGAUGAUGAAUUAACUAUUGAAAAGCCUAUGUUUCAAAGAUUGAUUGGCAGGUUAAUCUACUUAACUCAUACAGGACCUGGCAUUAUGUACACUGUGCAUCAUUUAAGUCGGUUUCUUCAGCAUCCCAAACGGUCACACUUAGAAGCUGCAUUUAGAAUGGUCAGGUAUAUUAAGAAAGAUCCCGGCCAAGAGAUACCGGUUGCGUCUGUUGGUACGUGUCAGCUGCAGGCAUACUGUGACGCAGACUGGGGUUUUCGUUUGAUGACUAGGAGAUCUAUCACGGGUUACCGCAUCAAGAUUGGGAAGUCUUUGGAUUCUUGGAAAUCAAAGAAGCAAAACACCAUAGCCCGCUCAUCUGUAGAAGCAGAAUAUAGGAGCAUGGCAAUGACAGUUUCUGAAGUUGUUUGGUUGAGAAGAUUGAUGCUAGAGCUAGGUGAAAGUGAAUUGAAACCUACUAAGCUUUACUGUGACAGCAAGACUGCCUUAUAA